AUGAACCUCGACGGAUCCAGCGACAGCAAGCCAAUCCACGAACUCGAUCACGAUCAUAUCAGCGGUCGGCAACCAGAGCACAAACCGACAAAGUUGCGGCGCUUCAUGUCCAUUGGUUCCAGAUCGAGAGGGAAUAAAGUGUACGGCGAACUUUACAUGAACACGGCAUCCAGCCGUACACCACCGUUGCAGCCUCUCUCCUUUCGCUAUGCUGAGUCUGAAUCACGGAACAAGAAGCAGAUCAAGCGGUCCAUAUCCAGCUUCUUCCUGUCCAAGACAUCCACAGACUCACCUGAACCGACGAAGGGCGGAAAUCAAUUGCGUACUGCACAAAGUCGGGUGCCUGUUACCAAGUCUCUGUCACUGUCCUUACUUCCAACGGCUACAACAGGGGACUGGGGCAGUCUGAAGGACCGAGAAUACCUGCCUCACACGGCCAAGCCGUAUCAGACGGCACAGAUGCAGCCCAGGAAGGACUCGGCUACCAAGUCGUUCUAUGACAUGCCUACUGCGAUGAGCCGGAAUGCUGCGCUCACAAGCCAUCCAGUAAGGGAAGAAGACUUGGCAAGCGAAGACAAGGCUCAGGUGUCGGGGAAGCUCUGGGGGCGUCGGCAGGGAGAACCGGGAAGAAAAGUGACCUGGUGA